CCCGGCUCCCAUGGGGUGGUUCAGUCCGAGCAGGGGUUCCCGUCCGGCGUGCGCUGCGCCCGGGCUGGGGAUUCCCUUCUGCGCUCGCCGGACCUGGGACGAUGCCGCUGCUGCCUCUCUUGCAGAGGACGCUGCCCAGGGUGGGGCUGCGAUGGCAACACCGUGUGGCUGUAGAAGUGGCCAACGAACCUGUCUUGGAAUUCAAGCCAGGGAGCUCCGAGCGACUGGCUCUCCAGAAGGCUCUGAACAACUUGAAAGGCAAGACUGAAGCAAUCCCAUGCGUCGUUGGGGGCGAGGAGGUGUGGACGGCUGACGUGAGGUAUCAAGUGUCGCCUUUUAAGCAUUCACACAAAGUGGCCAAAUACUGCUAUGCAGAUAAGGACUUACUGAACAAAGCCAUCAAUGCUGCUGUCGCCGCACGGAAGGAGUGGGACCUUCGGCCUGUCCAAGACCGGGCAAAGAUCUUUUUCAAAGCAGCUGACAUGUUGAGUGGCCCCAGGAGGGCAGAAGUGUUGGCAAAGACCAUGGUUGGGCAGGCUAAGACGGUUAUUCAGGCUGAGAUCGACGCGGCUGCAGAGCUGAUUGACUUCUUCCGGUUCAAUGCCAAAUACGCCGUGGAACUGGAGCAGGACCAGCCCCUCAGCGUCCCCCCCAGCACCAACAGCAUGGUCUAUCGGGGCCUGGAGGGUUUUGUUGCUGCUGUCUCCCCCUUUAAUUUCACCGCCAUUGGAGGAAACCUGGCAGGGACUCCCGCUUUGAUGGGUAACGUGGUCCUCUGGAAACCCAGCGACACUGCUGUCCUGUCAAACUAUGCCGUCUACAAGAUCCUCUUGGAAGCCGGCCUCCCUCCCAACAUCAUUCAGUUUGUCCCGGCUGAUGGCCCCGUUUUUGGUGACACGGUGACGGGCUCAGAGCACUUGUGUGGGCUCAACUUCACCGGCAGCGUCCCAACUUUCAAGCGCCUCUGGAAGCAGAUCUCUGAAAACCUGGAUCGGUACCGCACCUUCCCACGCCUGGCUGGAGAAUGUGGCGGGAAGAACUUCCAUUUUGUGCACGCCUCGGCCGACGUCCCCAGUGUGGUGAGCGGGACUCUGCGCUCUGCCUUCGAGUACAGCGGCCAGAAGUGCUCGGCCUGCUCCCGCCUUUACGCCCCCGAUUCUCUGUGGCCCCGCAUCAAAGCCAUGCUCCUGGAGGAGCACCAGAAGAUCAAAGUGGGAGACCCGGCAGAAGACUUUGAAACGUUUUUUUCUGCUGUGAUUGACCAGAAGUCUUUUGGGCGCAUCCAGAAGUGGAUCAAACACGCCGAGACGUCGCCCAACCUUGACAUCCUUGCUGGGGGGAAAUGUGACGACACGGUCGGCUAUUUUAUCCAGCCGAGCAUAAUCGAAACCCGGGACCCAAAAGAUCCCAUCAUGCAGGAGGAAAUUUUCGGCCCUGUCCUGGCAGUCUACGUGUACCCGGAGAAGCGAUACCAAGACAUCCUCCAGCUAAUAGACAGCACUUCUCCAUAUGGCCUCACGGGGGCAGUCUUUGCCCAGGAUAAAGCUGUUGUCGCCGAAGCCACACGACUCCUCCGCAAUGCAGCCGGCAAUUUCUACAUCAACGACAAGUCGACCGGCUCCGUCGUGGCACAGCAGCCCUUUGGGGGUGCUCGUGCUUCAGGAACCAACGACAAGCCCGGAAGCCCUCACUACAUCUUGCGCUGGACAUCGCCCCUGGCCAUCAAGGAGACCCAUGCGCCCUUAGGGGACUGGAAAUACCCAUACAUGCAGUGAAGUCCUUUACCAGCGCCUUUCUCACGGACACCACCUGGCACAACUGCUGGCCUGUUACAAGUUUCGCAGUAGCCAGUUUCUAAUGAUGUUUGCUAGAAUGUAGGAGCUGCGUUCAUUCCCCCACCUCCAGUAGCCCUUAGGAAGCUUCAUUCCCGUUUGCGGAGGAGUCUUUUGAACGGAUGGUUACAAAAUUGGUUUUGGCAACAACCACUGCAGUUUUUUUUCGCUGUCUCUGUUGUUACUGAAGAAGCUCCGGUGAAUUUCUGAGUCAAGCCAAGCGAAGUAUUAUUGUGGCAGGUCUGAGUUCCUAAAAUGCCUCACCCUGUGCUCGAGCAGGCCCUCCACCUUGGGGACAGGUUUCUCCACCGUGCAGGACUGAGCAAAAUUUGGUUUGUCUGCUCUCUCUAAGCCAGAGCAGGUUUGCAAAAGUGCCUGUGGAGGAAAUGGGUUGUAGCUGCCUAGAAGAACUACCCAGAACCAGAACGAAUUUUAAAAGAAAGAAGUGCCAAGACGACUCCUUGGAAUCCUGGGUCGGAUUGUCUCCAAAACCGGACUAGAUCCCUAUUGGUCAAUGCAGGGUGUUUCUCUUUGGCUCAAAUCCUUAAGCAGAAAAAACAACGGAUGUUGUUGGCAGGGGCAUGCUUGGAUGACGCUUUGAUGAGCGUGGUGGUUCAGAAGUUUCAUAGGCACAUGUUUUGGCUAUAGUUCUUAAAACGUGGAAAAAGAACACACUGGAAAAUUUUAAGACCCAUUUUAAAGAUCUGAUAGCAGCAUGGGCAUAGUUUCCACUGAGGUUCUCAGCCUACGUCAGGACCCUGCCACUUCAGACUGAAGGCAGGGUGUACAAGACUGAAUGUGCCUCCAUACAAAAUGCCCCUUCAUGUAGAAAUCUAGCAGUUCAAGGAGAAAGCUUGAAUUAACACCCCCCUUCCCUGACAAGCUGGUUUUCUGUGUGAUGGGGUUUUGUUUAAUGGAGGGACGUUCUACCACACGAGCGUUAUCUAUCUUCCUUUUUUUGCAUUUUGAAGCUGGGAGCUUCCCUGUCAUUGAAAUGCUCAGAUGUGCGUUACUAUUAAAUCAGUGCCUUCUGUUCACCCAGCAAUUCUCUGCUCUUACAACUGCUAAGUAUGUACCAGGGAGUCCCUGCCCUGCCCAAAAGCAUCAGAAGCCAGAAGGUCCAAAAAAGUAUAAUCUUUUAGACCUUGCACAGCUUGGGCCUUGGGCAUCUCUGCGAAGGGCUCUUUUAUCUUAGUAGUCAGUUUUAUCCCAGCUUGGCCUGGGAUGCUUCAUGACUGUGUAAAGCUGAAAGUUUCAACACUGGAUUUACUUCAUUUUGAGGGGGAGGGGGCCCCACACCUUAGUUUAUGAGGUCCGUUUGAUCAGUCACCUCCCAGGCUGGAACCGCUUACGCAGAUGUGGAACUGGGUCUCUCUGGACCUUUUACAUCACAACUCAGGUAGCUGCCAGUGUUUUUACCAGCCCCCUCCCCAGGAGAAUGUCAUAUUGAUGGAUGGACGGAUGCAGAAAGGGGAUUGUUUGUGAUGGGCUGUUUGUGCUGCUUGAAUAAUUACUGCUAAUAAAGGAUUUUAAAAAUCA